AUGCGGCUAGACAAGGCUACGGGCACCAAGUGCUACACACUUUCAGCGAGAGCGCUGCAUAUUGCGUGGGGUGACACACCGGAGUACUGGAAAUGGAUCAACCUCGAUUGUGAUGAGGUGAAAAGUAACAAAAGGUUCUUGGAAGCAGCUAAACUCCAGGGGGUUUGGUGGUUGGAAAUACGUGCCAAGAUUAAUGGCAUGAUGCUUUCGCAAAACUUGACAUACGCCGCUUACAUGGUGUUCAAGCUAGCAGCCGAUGGAUUCAACUUGUUGGGUUUCCCGUAUCAGAACGCAUCGAUCAGCGUUUCUGGGAGCAAUUCGAUGCAAAAAGUUUGCCUCCAAAGCUACAUGGAGGCUGGGGAUGACGGAGUGCCUCAGAAACACAUACUGAAGUCAAGCUUUUUAGGGUAUAGUCAUUAUGAUGAAGUACCUCUCACAGAUGACAUUAUACUCCCACGGAAAAGGGCCGAUGGCUAGACGGAGGUGGAGCUCGGCGAGUUCUACAACGAGGAAGGCUUCGACGAGGAUGUGUCUAUCAGCCUAAUGGAGACAAAAAUGUGGAAGCAUGGUCUUGUUGUAUGGGGCAUCGAGUUUAGAGUUAAGCAAUGAGUUUGAUGAACUUGUAGAAUUAAGAACCAUCGUACAUUUCUUUCUACAAAAACAACAUUGGUACUCUUGAGUAUUAGUUGAGCAAAAAGAAGUUUGUUGGCGUA